CAUAACAGUGAAUUUGCCAACCAGCUUCACUUAAGAGAAGCUAAAUUUUAUAAUUAUCUUAACCAAUCGGACUGCAUUAGAAUUGAAGGAGAUUCAAGAAGACUGGAUAACCUGAGACUAGCUUUCAAUGUUUUACAAUUACCCUCGAAUAAGUGUAAUGGAAUAUUUGAAACAUUAUCGGCGAUUUUAUGGUUAGGAAAUUUAACUUUCGAGGACAUUGAUGGAGAACGAUGUCAACUUACCAAAGAAGAUGAACAUACUGUUGAAAUUUUGUCGAAACUUUUAGGCUUAGAAAUAGAAAAUAUUAAACAAGUCGUUUUAUUGAGACAGAUAAAUGUUAGAGGGAAUAUUACAGAAAUCCCUCUCAAGCUACAAGAGGCUAGAGAAAAUCGUCAUGCAAUGGCAAAAGCAUUGUACUCUAGAACUUUUGCGUGGCUGAUAAAUCACAUAAACAAUUGCACAAACCCAGGACAAGACUCCACAAGAUUUUUAGGUGUCUUAGAUAUUUUUGGAUUCGAAAAUUUUGCUGUGAAUUCUUUUGAACAGUUGUGUAUUAAUUACACAAAUGAAAAACUUCAUAAAUUUUUUAAUCAUUAUGUUUUUGCUUUAGAACAAGAUAUUUAUUCCCAAGAAGAAAUUCAAUUUGAUCAUAUUUCAUUUACUGACAACACUUUAUGCCUGGAAUUGUUGGAAAAACCACCAAGAUGUAUCUUAAGACUGCUAUCUGAACAGUGCCAUUUACCACGAGGGUGUGAUGCAUCUUAUAUUUCGAAUUUGCAUUCCGAAUUUGGAAAUCAUGAGAGAUAUAUUAAAGGUGAUGAUAGACGAAAAUGGGAGACGGAAUUUGGAAUCAAACAUUAUGCAGGUUGUGUAACUUAUAAUGCAAAGGGAUUUGUAGAUAAGAACAGAGAUGUACAACAAGAUGUAUUCUUUGACAUUAUUUCUAGAAGUAGCAACGAAUUUGUUCAAGACCUAUAUAAAUAUCAAGACAUCUCGAAUACAUUAUCACUCAAAACAGGUGUUAAUGGAGUCUCAACAAUAUCCAGGGGUACCAGUAAGGGGAAACCUACCGUUUCUGAUACUUUCAGACAUCAACUUCAGGCACUUGUUGAUGUUUUACAGUCCACCACACCUUGGUAUGUCCGUUGUAUAAAACCAAAUAAACACAAACUGCCGGAUGAUUAUGAUGAUCGAUUGGUAUUAGAUCAGCUCAAAUAUUUAGGAAUGUUAGAUAUAAUAAGAAUACGCAAAGAAGGGUUCCCCAUCCAUAUGACUUUUGAAGACUUUGUAUUUCGUUACCAUUGUCUUUCCAAAGAACGGCUUCCACCUGAUAUGAUAAAGGCUUGCCAGAAUCUCAUAGAUAGUCAUAAUUUGCCAAAGACUGAAUGGCAAUUAGGAAAAACCAAAGUAUUUAUGAGAUCCCAUGUUCAUGAACCUUUAGAGGAGGCUAGGAAUAGACUAGUCAGAACACAGGCAAUACUAAUUCAAAAAACAUACAGAAGGUAUGUUGCUAGAAAGGAAUACAUUAAAAUUCGUAAUGCUAUUUUACGAAUGCAGCAUGCCUAUAAAGGUUGGAAAAUGAGAAUAGAAUUUUUGAAGAAAAGAAGAGCAGCUGUUAUUAUACAAAGUCACUUGAGAGGAGUUUUUGCGAGGGAGGUGGCUGCUGCUCUUCGAGAAAUGAGACGAGUUGAAGAAGAAAUGAGAAAGAGAGAAAAAUUAGAAGAAGAACGAAAACAAAGAGAAAGAGAGAGGGAAGCAAAAGAGAGAGAAGAAGCUCGCAGACUUAUGGAAGAAAAUCAAUUAAACGAACUACCCCCUCCUCCACCACCACUGUUCUCCGAAGAUGAUACGGAUUUGGAGGAAAGUAAAAAAGCGGCCGAACAAGAGAUAGCUGCCUUAUCACAAAUGGCUGAGCAGCUCAAGCACAAUAGACCUGAAGGAGUAGCAGAGUCAGUUGACCUGGAUAAUCUCUUCGCCUUCCUUUCUGAUGUUCACCCCAAUAAUCGUAAUCAGAUAAUUGAUGAAAUAGGGGAGAAAAUGAACGAACUUGUUGAGGAUUUGGAUGUGGAACUUGAAACAGUCAUUCAACAAGAACUGGAAGGAUUAGCUCAAGAACAACAACAACCUACACUUCCUAAAAUGGGUUUUCCCACUUUGCCAGAGCCAACAGGUCCCCCGCCGCCGCCACCUCCGACAACCUCCCAGACCAUUGCAGAACCUCAUAUAAUAAUGCCAGAACAGCUAGAAGCAAAAACGGAUGAACCUAUUUAUGAAGCUGUUCUUCCUAGAGAGGAACCUGUAUCAGUUUGUGUUUCUCCACCGCCACUUCCUGCUCCACCUAGAUUAGUUUCUGAGACUCCUAAACCCACACCUGACGAUACCAGAUCAAAUAGUGGACUGCCCUGCAUAUAUACAAGAAGCCACAUAUGGUACAUAUGUACGGAGGAACCCGCACAUUUGUGGUUAGACAGCAACCAACCUGACUACGUAGGCAGUUAUAGCUACCUGCGUGACAUC